AUGACGACCAAGACGCAAUCCCUUUAUACUUCAUCCACAGCCCCGCACGUGUCCCAUGCCUCGAUGGACAGAAUCUUUCAAAAAUACUCAUCCUCGACGAUAACGAGCACGCCGACCACGUUAUACAUAAAGCGGACAUCGAGCAAUCCCCUCCAAGGCCUGAUCGACAGCUUCCGACUUGGGUACUACCGGUAUGAGGUGACUUAUGGGCUAUAUGUGAUGACACCGGGCGAGAAAUGUGUUGUCAACCUUAUUGUGGUGGUCGUCUUUAUGCUCUUAUCAUGGGCACUUGCUCUCUACUUUCCGGCAAUUCUAUAUCACAAGUUCACUCGCCUGACGUGGUUGGUGACAGGGCACAGUGAUGAGCAAGGGACAAUAGGGAUCCUCGACAAGCACGUCAAUCACAGUUCGCCUUUGGUCGCCUACUAG